AUAAAGAUGGUUGAGAAAGUCAAUGACGUAGUUACCCAAGUUGUUUCGGCCAAAUCUUCGGAUAAUAAUAAUAACGUUUCUGAGGCCGUUGCUGCCAAUUCGCCGUCGAACAAGAACUCGCCUAACAAGUCUGACUUGCUUAAAGUUUUGGCUUUCCAAUUCUUCGAAGCUUAUUACACCAAGCUGAGUGACCAUCCGGAUGACAUUGGUACUUUCUAUGGAGAUGAUUCUAGCUUUGUUUUGGGUGAUGUUGAGGAGACGGGCCGUGAGAACAUCCAACGUGCCAUUGAGAAGAUGAAUUUUGGAGCUUGUAAGUCGCGCUUUUAUUCGGUCAAAGCUGCGCCGGAGAUGGGUGACAACUGCAAGGUCUUCCAAGUUUGUGGUGAGCUGACUCUGAAAGGACAACCGGCUCCACGUCGCUUCUGUCAAACGAUCGUUCUUUCUUGUGUGCCACCUAACGUACUUUAUGUUAAGAGCAACAUCUUUCAGUGGUUGGACAUUGCGUUUCCUAUGAAUAGCAGCGAAAAGGUUUAUUUCAUCUCUGCUCCGGCAACUAUUCCGGCACCUGCGUCGAUCACUCCUGUCGAAAAUGGGACUUGCAACAUUAACAAAUCUAUUGAGAAGGAUGUCGUUGUUACCACUAGUGUUGAGCCAAUUCUUAAUGGAGGUGUUAUUCUGACAAAUGGAGGAAGUACUCAUCAAUCACCAAAGCCGGCUGCUAAUUUGGCUAUUGUCUCUACGACUACGGAGGCGAUGAUUGCUCCUCCUCCUGGUUUGGAAAAGGUGAACGAGAAUGUCUUGCCUCUUCAAACAAACAAGUCUCCGAUUCCGAUUCAUUCGGUGAGUGGAACGCCUAGUCCGCAUCAAAACGAAGUUGUUGAAGUUGACAAAGGACAAUUUACGAUUCCAACUUUGGAUUCCACCAACAAGAUUGUCACCACUCCUUCGCCAACUCUCAACAACAACAACAAUAUUACUGACGAUCAAAAGAUGAAGCGCCCCUCUCCAAUGAAACAACAGCAGCAACAACAUUCGAACGUCAAAUCUGAGCCAAAGUCGUGGAAUAAAGUCGUUAGUGGUGGACAAAAUAAAAUGCCAAAUAUUCAACCAAAUGUUACUACUACAACAACUGUUCCAAUAAAAUCUUCGAUUGAUGUUAAGAAGACUAUGCAAUCUCAAGAUAUUGGUUCAGUUAAUAAUACACAAAAGCAGCGUCAAUCUCCUCCACAAAAACAACAUCUUGCUGGUAAUUUUCGUUUUUUAGGUUAUAAAAAUUUUUUUAAAGAAAAUAACAACGUUGGUGGACAGCCACAGCAAAAGCGCUCCUCUUCCCUUGGUGACGACAAUACUGGUAAAAACAACAAUCAAAAACAACAACAAAUGUCGCAAUCGACAAAAUUUGUGGCGCCACGUAGAGACUGGCCCCAUCGAAUUUACUUCAACAACCUUGUAAAACCUGGACAUUUUCUGGACUUUAAAACUGGACAGAAAGAACUGAUGAAGGAAAUUAUGACGAUCACCCCAGGAGUUGAAUUUGUUGGCAUAAAACCACUUUCGCUUCGCAAGGAGUACAAAACCGCUUUUGGCUUUAUCGACUUUACUACUGGCAAUGAUGUUCAGAAUGUUUAUGAUGCUGCUAAAAAGACUGGAGAGAAGCGAGGAGGCGAUAAAGGAGGAGGUGGAGGACUUCAAUUGAGAGUUUCUAUUCCAACAUUUGAAUUUGAUGGUUAUAUCACUCUGACUUCAGACAAGACAAACAACUUGGCUCCUGGAAACGGCACCGGCAACAAUAAUAAUAAUAAUUUUAGAUAAAUAAAUUACACAAACAGAAAAAAAAAGCAAAAAAAAUUAAAAGAAAAUUUUAAAAAAAUACUUAAACGCAAAUAUACCCUGUUUGUGUAAAAGUAUUUUUUUUAAUUUUAUUUUUUUUAUUUAAAAAAGGUGUAAAUUCCCUUCUCUUUUUUUUUUGUGUUCCUAUCUUUUUUAUUUUCCUCUCUACAACAAAAUAUAUAAAAUUGUUUUUUUUUGCUGCCCCUUCUUCCCUGUUAUUUUAAGACAAUUAUAUAUAAUUUACAAAUUUAUGUAGAGAGAAUCGGUCAAGAAUUGAACACUUUUUUGCUUGAUUUGGGGAAAAGAUUUUUGAAUAUUUGGGAAGGCUCGGUUGCUGGGAAUUUUGGGGAGAAAGACCGGGAAUUGUCCUCUUCCAUGCGGCGACAGAAAAUCAAAACAAAUUGCUUGCGGCGCUGUUCAUUCUCCUUAAUUUUCGAUUUUUCCAUCUUCAAUUUCUUCAUCUAUUGAACAACGUUUUGGUUGUUGAUUCAUGAGUAAAUUUAUGCUGGUCCGAAAAUUUUUGGGAAGAAAUUUAUGAUGUUGACAUAACCAAAAAAGUUCCGAUCACUAAAAAAUGUUGACAUAAUAGUACACCAUACACAAAAUAUGCAUAGUUUAGUUUGCACGAAAAUAAUUAUUUUACAUUUUUUAUUUUUAAAGGGUGUUGCACUUUUGGCGAUUGGAGUUGUCUUCUCUGGGGUUCAACACCCCGACAAUCAACCGCUUAAACGAUUACAACCUUUUCUGUCAAGUGAACACGUACCUCUACGCGUUGCGUCCAUUUUUGGUCUGGGAUUGGCCUACGCUGGCAGUAGACGAAAGUCAACCAUUCAUCACAAUAAAAAAAGCGUUUUGGAACUGUUG